AUGAGAGUUUUUUCAAGUGAAAACUCACCCAACAAGGCCACCGACAUCAAUCAAUCUGAUCUGGACUUAGAGGAGGCCAUCAAUGAGGUCGACACUGAGCUGGAUCAUGAGAACAGUAUAAGUGAUGUGGAAAAACUCACCAAGUUGGACGCAGAACAGACAAAGGUGCUCAAUGACGCCAUCAACCAUCGAUGUAAAAAAUUGCGGGAGUGGUUUAGAAACAAUACCAAAGGAAAGACUACGCCUGGCAGGACAUCAACCAGCAAAAUGCUAUCCACGUUGCUUGGCCAGUGUGCACGAGGCACUCAAGACCUCAAGGAAAUUGAAGUAUACUCGCAACUUCACUACGAGUCAAAAGUCAAGCCCUUAGUUUCUGAUGAUAUCAAGGAGAAUAAACUAGUACUACCUGAUCAAAAGCUUCAUGCUGUUCAGCAACACACAAGUGAAUGUUUUGCAAAGGAGCCAGAAGAUGUGAAGGAUGAGGUUCAUAAUGAGACAGUACAUAUUAAUGCUGCCAGAAAGUUGGGAUCAGUUGCACCAGGGCAAGAUCGGACAAAGGAGGAAAUUUACCGUGCAAUUCAAGAGUUGCCCAUCGUGCUGGGUCAAAUAUUUGAAGAACUUUCAACUUUAACGGGAGGAUGGCACUACUCACUUGUUAUGGGUGGACCCAAUCCUUUGUGUGAAGGUGAUAUCAUGACAUUGAGUUAUCAUCAUGGUAAAACCCUGGAGGGUUUGAGCUUUAAGGUGUCAAUGCCUAACUUCCAUGAAAAAAUUUUAUUACCAUUUGAAAGACACCUGGGUCGCAUAUAUGGUUCUUCUGCAAAGGGAACUUCGGUUCCUACAUCCACAUCCAGUUCCCCUCCUCCAUCCACUACUGAUCUCGCUUCGCCAUCUGCACCUAGUUCACCUCCUUUGUUGACCAUGGACCUCAUUCCAACAUCCACACUCACUUUGUCUCUUCCUCCAUCGACUACCGACCUUGCUGUACCAACUCCAUCUCCUCCAUCAACCACGGACCUCAAUUUACUAGAUGAACUGCCAGGCCAGCCAAGUGUCCCCCUGCUACCUAGGCAGGAGUUUAAUACCUCCGGACAGACACUUAAUCCUAUUCCUUUGAUAAGGCAGCCUGAGGGAUCCACACACAUCCAUGACACCGACUUCAAUAUUAUACCACAAUGGAACCAGUGGCAACAUCACCCGAACCCCAACCCAUCUUACACAUCUCCUCAUUCAGCACCUCUAAUAGAUCUAGACUCGCCAAUCAUGUCCUGGAGAAGGGACUAUGUGGAUGGCGGAAAUACAACUUUGUCUGUCGCACUCCCAAGUGCUGCUGUCACACAGCCUCAAGUGUGGUCCCCAUCAGACUAUGUGGGUGAUGGAAAUACAACUUUGUCUGUCACACUCCCAAGCGCCGCUGUCAUGCAGCCUCAAGUGUGGUCCCCAUCGAACUAUGUGGAUGAUUGA